AGACUCUACAAGAAUUUAAUUCAGUAUUCAAAGAACUUGACGCUUACUGACCCUGCCUAUUUUAGGAAAAGAGUAACUAGUGAAUUUCGGAAGAAUAGGAAUUUGAUCAACGCAGAAGACAUAACUUUUGCUUAUCAGUUUUUUCUUUCAGAAAGGUGAAGCUUUAUUGAGGCGAGGAUCUGUCGUUUAAAAUGUUGAAAUGUGUGACAAGAUUUAGAAUAGAUACGAUACCUCUAAGGGCUCUCAAACAUACAAUAGAUUAUUCCCGGGUGCCCAAAGUUAACGAGCAUGAGUUAUCGGAGCAAUUUGUUAGAGGUGGAGGUCCUGGUGGCUCUGCUGUGAAUAAAAAUGCCAACUGCGUCGUGCUUACACAUGUACCAACAGGAACAGUAGUGAAGUGCCACAUUAGUAGAUGUCAAGAUGAAAAUAGGAAGCUAGCUAGAGAAAUGUUAAUUGCAAAAUUAGAUGAAGAUAUCAAUGGCCCGGAAAGUGUUGCAGCCCAGAAGAAGAGGCUAGAAGAAAAGAAGAGCAAAAGGAAUGAAUAUAAAAAGAAGAAAGUGGCACAACUCAAAAGUGAAUGGAAGAAACGAGAAGGCUUGCAGAACUUAAAAUAA